GGCCAGCCCUGCAGGGAGAGGGCUGUGGGAGGAGGUGAGAGCCUGCAUGGCAGAGAGGGAGGAAGACUGCAGGGGAAGGAGACACACCUCAGUUUAGAGAAGGAGAGCUACCUGCAAACAGACAGAUCCGGGAGGGAGGGUGACAGGCAGGAGACAGGCAGCUCAGGGUGGAAGCUGAAGGAAAGAGACCGUGAAAGAGACAGAGAGUAACAGGAGGGAUAGAGCAGGAGACAGAAGCAGGGAGAGAGGGAUACAGGAGGGUGACAAUACACUGUAAGUGCAGGGAAAGUGCCUGAAGAAGACCACAAGCAGCUGUGUGACUAGCGUGCCUCCGGGACCCUGCAGGACAAGAUGGCAUCGGCCAGUGACCCACGCCAGCCCCCGAAAGAUGCCGCAGACCAGAGCUUUGAUUAUAUGUUUAAGCUCCUAAUCAUCGGCAACAGCAGUGUGGGCAAAACCUCAUUCCUCUUCCGCUACGCCGACGAUUCCUUCACCUCCGCCUUCGUCAGCACCGUGGGGAUAGACUUUAAGGUCAAGACGGUCUAUAGGAAUGAGAAGAGAGUGAAGCUACAAAUCUGGGACACAGCUGGGCAGGAGAGGUACCGUACCAUCACCACUGCAUAUUACCGAGGAGCCAUGGGUUUCCUGCUUAUGUACGACAUUUCAAACCUGGACUCCUACAAUGCCGUGCAGGACUGGGCAACACAAAUCAAAACAUACUCCUGGGACAAUGCACAGGUUCUUUUAGUUGGGAACAAGUGUGACUUGGAAGACGACAGAGUUGUCCCAGCUGAGGACGGGCGCAGGCUGGCAGAGGAACUAGGGUUUGAGUUUUUUGAGGCCAGCGCCAAAGAGAACAUCAAUGUGAAGCAAGUCUUUGAGCGGUUAGUGGAUGUCAUCUGUGAGAAGAUGAAUGAGAGCCUGGAGAACGGACCACCACCUAAUGGCAGCGCACCUAUCACUGGCGAGCCCCCCAAGGACUCCAGUAAUUGCUCCUGUUAGUUCUGGCGCCCAGUUUGUAGGAAGCGCCCAGCUAGGUCACUGAGAUGUUUCUUACAGCAAAGUUAACUGCUGUGAUAGGACAGGAACCCACCCUCUUGGCUGUAAGAAACCUACAGGGAUGGGGUGACUGCUCCUAUUCCUCCCGGCUGAGCAUGACUACUCCUGUGAGACACAUAUCACAUCAGACACUGUUACAUAGUUAUCCCCAGAAUCAUUAAUUGUUACAGAAGCAGACGAGGCAAUGGGAAGGAAAACAGUCAGAUACAACACUGCCAGAGAUUCUAUAGGCCAAAUGUCUUUGCUGCAACACAUUGUCACCUUCUGAUGUCAUUGCCCCUUGAAGGGCCACACAGAUGAGUGUUUCCUAGGACCCAGACAAAUGUUUCCUUACCAUUAAGUGCCAAAGAUUUACCCACUGUGCCCAUAAACGUAUAAUGCUCUGCAUGUUUUUCUAUUGCUCUGCAUGAGCCUUCUGGAAGGGGGUCCAUAGUUCUGCAUAUGAGACUUUACGUGAUGGACCGAGAGGGUGGGAUUAUGGGAUUGUUACUGAAACAGAAAAUUCGGUUUAUGUUUGGACAUCAUGGUCAUGAAGGUGUUGACAGUCCAGAUGCUUCCCCCCUUUUUCUUGUGUACAACUAUGAGAUGUUUACAUUUUUAAUAAAAGGGAACCUCCUUUUAUUGUA